AUGGUGGGAUCAGGUUCUGCAGGUGGAGAUUUACGAACUCCACAGUUCAAUGGUUCAAACUAUGAUUUUUGGUCAGUAAAAAUGGAGACUAUCCUCAUAGCAUAUGAUUUAUGGGAUGCAGUGGAGAUUGGAAUACAACCACAGCCGAUUAUUGAGCAGGAAGCAGGCUCUGAAGGCACUGGAGAUGAAGAGAGUGAGGCUGAGGAAAUUCCAGUGGAAGCACCUACUAUCUCCAGAGAAGAUAAGAUCAAAAAUGCCAAGGCUUUGAGUCUUAUUCAAGGAGCACUGACAGAUGAACUCUUUCCUCGCAUCAGAAAUGAGAAGACUGCAAAAGGUGCUUGGGGAAUUCUAAGAAGAGAGUUCAGAGGAGAUAAAAAGGUAAGAGCUGUGAAAUUACAAGCUAUUAGAGCUGACUUUGAAUAUUUGAGAAUGAAUGAUGUUGAAUCUCUGGAUGACUACUUGGCUCGUUUUUUUGAAAUUGUAAACAACCUGAAAUCUCUAGGAGAAGAUGUAACAGAGAAAAGGAUUGUCCAAAAAUUGUUGAUGAGUCUAAGUAGGAGGUACAAGUCCAUAGUGUCAAUCAUUGAAGAAACCAGAGAUCUUGACACUAUUAGAGUUGAAGAAAUUCUUGCAUCUGUCAAGGUUUAUGAUAAGAGAGAGGAUUUGCAUGAUGAAAGGGACAAAUUGGCAGGAACUGAGAAAGCUUUUAGCAGUCUCAAAGUUGGAAAUGAUCAAGCUUCUGGAGCUAACAAAAGUUCUCAGGGAAAACAAAAUCAAAAUGGCAAGGACAAAACAAAAAGGGCUCAAAUUGGUCUCAAGGUGGAAAUUUUAACAACAAUAAUGGCUCCGGAGGGAAUUGGAACAGCAGCUUCAAUUCACAAAACAAGCAAGGGAGUAGUAGUCAAGGACUGUGAAAGUGGUAAACAAGUUGCAAACUGUGCAAAAGAGGAAGAAGUAACCACAGGAACAAUGUUCUAUGCUUGUCAUGCAAGCUCAAUUGCAUCAAGCAAGUCUGUGUGGUUUGUCGACAGUGCUUGCAGCAAUCACAUGACCUCUCAAGAGUCCUUGUUGAUCAAUCUUGAUAGGUCAGUGACCUGCAAAGUGAAAAUGGGCACUGGUGACCUUGUUCAAGCCACAGGAAAAGGGACACUAGUAGUUGAGACAAGAAAAGGGAGAAGAUAUAUAAAUGAGGUGCUGUUAGUCCCUGGUCUAGAUGAGAAUUUGUUGAGUGUAGGACAAAUGAUGGAGCAUGGGUACUACAUUCUAUUUGGAGGAAACUAUGCAUUAAUAUGUGAUGAUAGCAGCCUUGAUAAUGUUGUUGCCAAAGUAGCAAUGGCUGGAAAUAGAUGCUUUCCAUUGUCUAUGGAAUCUAUCUGCUCAAUGGGAAUGAAAGCAGCAGUACAAGUAGAUCCAUGGGUUUGGCAUAGGAGAUUGGGGCAUUUGAACUUUGCAAGCAUGAAAAAAAUGCAGCAAACACAAAUGGUGCUAGGCUUACCUGAUUUCUCAGAAAAAGAAGGAGUAUGUGAAGGCUGUGUGUAUGGUAAAAGCCACAGAGAACCAUUUGAAAAUGAGAAGUCUUGGAGAGCUAAGCAUCCACUUGAAAACAAGUCAAGUGUGAUAAGUGUGUUCAAAAAGUUCAAAGCAUUUGUUGAGCUACAAAGUGGAUUCAACUUAAAGAAACUAAGAAGUGACAGAGGUGGAGAGUACACUUCACAUGAAUUCCUUGAGUUUUGCAGUGAUCUUGGCAUGGAGAGGCAACUGACUAUUGCCUACUCACCUCAGCAAAAUGGGGUUGCUGAGAGAAGAAACAGAACCAUCUGUGAAAUGGCAAGAUCAAUGAUGACUGAGAAGAAAAUCCCUGUAAAGUUCUGGGCUGAAGCAGUUGGUACUGCUGUGUAUCUGCAAAACAGGUGCUAUACUACUUCAGUUUCAGACAAAACUCCAUUUGAAGCUUUCACAGGAAGGAAACCAGGUGCAAAACACCUGAGAGUGUUUGGAAGUAUAUGUUACAGUCACAUUCCAUCAAACCUUAGACAGAAGUUUGAUGACAAAGCAAGCAAAGGAAUUUUUAUGGGUUAUGGCAGCUGUGAGAAGGGUUACAGGGUCUAUAAUCUUCAAACUGAGAAGAUUAUACUCUCUAGAAGUGUUGUUUUUGAUGAGAACAAAUCCUGGAAUUGGGAAAGCAAGCAAGAUGAAACUGUUUCUGUGCCUUUCAUCUUUGAAAAUGGAAAUUCUGAGAUAGCUGAAACAGAAGAAGCCUCUCAUGAAAUUCAUAGCAUUGAUUCACCAAAUCUGAAUCAAUUAAUCUCAGAUGAUGAACAUGUCUCUGGAAGAAAUGGCAGUAGCACCAAUCAAGGGUCAACUCCAAGCAAUACACCAGUAAAGCUGAGAAGUUUGGAGGACAUUUAUGCAAGAUGUCACAUGACCAUUAUUGAACCUGAAACUUAUUAUGAAGUUGUAGAAGACAAAGCUUGGAAGGAAGCAAUGGAUGCUGAGAUUGAAACCAUUGAAAAGAAUGGAACUUGGGAGCUAGUGGAAAGGCCUACAGAUAAACCAGUCAUAGGAGUCAAAUGGGUGUUCAAAACCAAGUUGAAUCUGGAUGGAACAGUUCAAAAACACAAGGCUAGGCUUGUAGCUAAAGGGUAUGCUCAAAAACCUGGUAUUGAUUAUAAUGAAACCUUUGCCCCAGUGGCAAGGUUAGAUACAAUUAGAACUUUGAUUGCACUUGCAGCACAAAAGGGUUGGAAGUUGUUUCAAUUAGAUGUUAAGUCAGCCUUCUUGAAUGGAGUACUUGAGGAGGAGGUUUAUACUGAGCAACCAGAGGGGUUUGAAGUGAAAACAGCAAGUCACAAGGUCUAUAAAUUAAAGAAGGCCCUCUAUGGUUUGAAGCAGGCUCCCAAAGCCUGGUACAGUGAAAUAGACACCUAUCUAACUAGCUGCAAUUUUAAAAGAAGCACCAGUGAGGCCACCUUAUAUACCAGAACUGAUGAAGAAGGAAAACUGAUCAUUGUCUCUAUAUAUGUUGAUGAUAUAGUUUAUACUGGAAACAGUAAUGCUUUGCUCAGUGAGUUUAAAAAGGACAUGAUGCAAAAGUAUGAAAUGACUGAUUUAGGACUCCUACAUCAUUUCUUGGGAAUGGGAGUUCUACAAACUGAAAAUGGAGUGUUUAUUCAUCAAAGCAAGUAUGCAAAGUCCUUGCUUGUGAAAUUUGGUCUCGAGGAUUGUAAGUCAGUAACAAUUCCUCUACCCACUGGUGAAAGAUUAAAGAAAGUUGAUGGAAGUGAUUUGGCUGAUGAAGGUUUGUUUAGAAAAAUUGUUGGCAGCCUGUUGUAUCUGACUGCAACCAGGCCUGAUAUAAUGUUUGCAGCCAGUUUGUUAUCAAGAUUCAUGCACAGCCCCACAAAGAAGCACAUGGGAAUUGCAAAAAGGGUUCUUAGAUACAUUCAAGGCACUCUCAGCUAUGGCAUUGAAUUUACAAGGGAUAAUAAUGCUGUUCUGGUUGGCUUUUGUGACUCUGAUUGGGUUGGCAGUGAAGAUGACAGUAGAAGCACAUCUGGAUAUGCAUUCAGUUUUGGUAGUGGAGUUUUUUCAUGGGCUUCAGUCAAGCAAAACACAGUUGCAUUGUCAACUGCAGAAGCUGAAUAUGUUUUAGCAGCUGAGGCAACAGCUCAAGCUAUCUGGCUAAGGUUUGUGUUGGAUGAUUUUGGUGAAAUGCAAUCUGAUGCAACACCAUUGUUUUGUGACAACAUGUCAGCAAUAUCAAUGGUCAAAAACCCUGUUUUCCAUCAGAAAACAAGGCACAUAAACCGAAGGUAUCAUUUCAUAAGGGAAGCUUUACAAGAAGGGGUGAUUGAUAUAAAAUUCUGCAGAAGUGAAGAACAGUUGGCAGAUAUUUUUACAAAAGCUCUGCCCAAAGAUCGAUUCAAUUAUUUGAGGUUGAAGCUUGGAGUUAAACCAGUAAGCAGCUUAGGAGAGGCUGUUGAGAGUUAA